AUGACAAAGUCCAUAUAUCCAGCCUAUCCGCCUGACCUGUCAGAUGAGCAGGCGCAGUUCUUGCUAACGAACCUCAAGGACUGGUCCAUAGCACACGGCUUGGCAGUGAGACCAGCGCCGUCAUUUGUCUCCCAAUCACAGGAUCCAACUGGCGUGCUCGCCACGAGUGCACCUGUUACUCUCUUUCCUAGCCCGUUUCCUCGUCACUGCUACGAAGAAGGACUUGCUAUACAGAAGGCAUAUAACGAGCUAUAUUCCGCCAUUGCAAGAGAUGAGGAAUGGCUGAAGACAGUCGUAGAAGAGCUCGCUGGAGUUGAUGACUUUGUCGCCAAGUUGUGGCAGAUACAUUUGGAAGUAAAGCGGGAGGGAUAUGUGCAAGACCUCACUCUUGGUCUCUUCCGUUCCGACUACAUGGUUCAUGUGGACCCAAAAGAGGCCGAUGCGAAGCCUGAGAUCAAGCAGGUCGAAUUCAACACCAUCGCUUCGUCUUUUGGUGGACUGUCUUCAAAGGUCUCUGAAAUGCACAAAUAUCUCCUUUCCAUCGACGCCUAUCCUCCCCAGGCAACACCUAUCAUCAAGCAGGACUCUCUCCCACAGAGCAAGUCCGUACCGUCUCUAGCCGCUGGCUUGGCGGCAAGCCACAGGGCUUACGGAAGUUCACGUAGCUCGCACCCUCUCUGUGUUCUGUUCGUGGUCCAGGGUCCUGAGAGAAAUGUCUUCGACCAGCGGCACCUUGAGUACUCGCUGCUUGCCGAGAAUGGCGUACGGUCAUUCCGCGUGCCGUUCCAUAAGAUUCUUUCUGACACGAAGCUUGACUCGGAACGCAACCUCAUCUACAGUCCUCCCCAUGCCGUUGGCCAAUCCUAUGAGGUUACAACCAUCUACUACCGCGCUGGCUACACGCCGGAUGACUACGCGGGCGAAGAAGAGUGGACAGCACGUCUGCAUCUGGAACGCAGCCGCGCCAUCAAGUGCCCGAGCAUCCUGACUCACCUCGCAGGUUGUAAGAAGGUACAACAGGUACUGGCCACUCCCCACUCGCCGCAUCUCGCUCGCUUCGUACCGGACGAAGCAACGGCCAAGCGUCUGCUGAAGACAUUUGCGCCCAUUUAUCCUCUGGACAAGAGCGAAGCAGGCCUCGAGGCACGGAGACUAGCCACUGAUGUCGGGUCGGCUAGUCGUUAUGUGUUGAAGCCCCAGCGUGAAGGCGGUGGCAACAACAUCUACCGUGCCUCGAUCCCUCCGUUCUUGGAGAAGCUGGCAGAGACAAACUGGCCUGCUUAUAUCCUGAUGGAGAUGAUUGAGCCACCGGCGCUGAACAACGUGAUCAUCCGCAACGGCGAGGUGCAGAAGGGAGGGGUCAUUGGGGAGCUUGGCGUGUACGGGGUUUGUCUGUGGCGGAGUGGCGGGCAGAUCUUGGAGAACUGGGAGGCUGGGUAUUUGCUUAGGACCAAGGGCGACCAAAGCGAGGAGGGCGGGGUUGCGGCGGGGUUCGGCGCAGUGGACAGCUGCUGUUUGAUCGAUGCGUGA